AAAGCUCUCUUUUAAGAAGUGAAUGUAAAGGGUAAUCUAUUGCAGUUAUGUUAAGUGUCAGCUGCACUACAUACUACAUGAGUGGUUCAUUAUCAACUUUGUGUCAUACAUUCGCAGUAUAGAGUACAAUAGAUUAUCUAAAUAUAUUUAAGAUCCAAGUCUACAUGUAAGUUAACAUAAGCAGUCUUCACCUGCAAACAAAACUACAGCAUGGCAGCCAUAGACCUGGGUGCAGUUACCAAAGAAGUGCAGUCAGUCGUGGAUAGAUAUGGGAAGGAGUACGACUUUAUAGCUGAGGGGUAUGAAACACUGGCCAAGUGCUGGGCAGGAGAUGGGCAAACCACACAGGCAGGACUAACAAUGGUUAGGGAUAUAUCCAUUUUUCUCAGACUUAAAGGACUUGCUGGAUUUCUACAGGCCAUCAAAGAUGAUCCGAAAAUACUGGAGGUCCCUAUAAAAGAUCCUAUUUUCAUAGCGGGGUUUAUGCGUACAGGGUCUACACAUCUCCACAACUUGUUAAACGAAGAUGAGCAUAACUUUUCACCCCCUCUCUGGCAGGUGACGUUCCCUAUACCAAUUCCAGAAAGCAAAGACAUUCCAUCUGAUGAUCCAAGAUUUCUUAGAACAGCACAAUUCUCUGAGCGAUUUAACAGUAUACCAGGUUGGCUACAGAAACACCAGGCGUUCACACCUUCUGCCUUGGAAGAGUGUUUCCCACACAUUGGAAAGACUGGCCUUAUGAAGGAGAUGCUUUUUGCUGGUCAGAACAUGGAUGAUUACAUCACCUGGUAUGAGAACAUUAAUGAGGAGAAAAUGACCAAGAUUUAUCAGUACUACAAGAUAGAACUCCAACUACUGGCCUAUAAACAAGCAAUUGGAAAGACAUACAUUCGCAAAGAUUCUCAGCAUAUGGGAAAUAUGGCUGUCCUGAAAAAUGUCUUCCCUGGGGCGAAAAUAAUCCACACAAUUCGGGAUCCCAUAGAGGUGAUGGGGUCGGUAUGUUCCACCAUGCAUACAGUCACUAUGGGUUACUACAAACCGGAAGAUAUCAGCCUUACAGCGCUAGGUCAAAGAAUGUUGCGUCAUGCCUCUUAUGUCAUUAACAAAUAUAUGGACUAUCGCAUGGCUACAGAUGGACCAGGAAAGACCCAAGCUGAUCUUGUAGAUGUUUACUAUCCAGACAUGGUAGAUGAUUCAAAAGGUACAAUGAGGAAAAUCUAUGACAAGUUUGGAUUGGAGCUUACACAGGAAACGUUGCAGAAUGUUGAGAAAUAUGUUGCAAAGAAUCCUAUUAACAAGCAUGGAAAGCAUAGUUAUAAACUUGCAACUUAUGGCUUAACCGAGGAUGGUGUGAAAAAUGUAUUCAAACGCUAUAUUGAUUACUUUAACAUUCAGUGCUAGAUGUCUAGUUUUAAGAGUUGAACAUCACAUGACACCUUUUAAAAUUAUUUUCUGCAAUCUGCAACAAAUUCACUAUACAGGAAUAGGUUCAUUCUUAAAGUUUCCUUGACAAAGUAGCAGCUACAAAAUCCAAGCAAACAUACAAACAUGAUCAUUUUCACAU